GAGCUUAUAUCUACCGUAGAUUGGCUUGGAAGAGCUUCAGACGUACGAUUGUCUUCUUUGUGAUUGCAUCGUGAUUUAGUAUACGUUCCUUUGGGAUAACAUUUGGUAAAACUUUGCUCCGCUUUCACCGAUUCCGAGACCAUGAAGCCUACAAGGAAAAUAUUUCCUGCGUAGUCCGACUUUAGCAACUUAUAUUUUUUUACACCUGCAGCUGUAGGUGAAUUCAUCUUCUGGUUUCAUGAUAAUUACACUGAGAAACAAGUCAAAACAAGUGCAUCUGUCCUGAAAAGGAUAUUGUUGCAUCUUCCUCAAAUAACAUUAUUCUCAAUUGACUUCGGUCUAAUUCCACCCUUGCAAGUUGAAGCACAAAGGUUCUGAUGGAGAUGGAUUUGUUAAAGACGGUAAGCGUCUUGAUCGUUUUAGCAUCCAGCGUGCAGCAAGGAUUGGCAGUGGCAGACUGUACGUCAUCACCCUGUCAAAAUGGAGGAACCUGUGUGCCACGUCUAGGAGGCUUUGACUGCAGGUGCCCGACCGAAUACUACGGCACCAGAUGCGAGAACUGGAACCCGUGUCUGCAAUACGACUUCUGCUCAGACCGUGGCAACUGCAGCAAUAUCCAAGGGUCUCAAUGGGACUGUGACUGCUUCUCAGGAUACGUAGGUUACAAGUGCAAGCAUAUUGACUCAUGUGCAUCAAGUCCAUGUCCCGAGGGUACUACGUGUCAGAAUGUUUGGCCUGCAUCCUAUAGAUGUAUUUGUGAAAAGGACGGGUACUACGGUGCGGAGUGUGACAACUUCAAUGCUUGCUCAAGUUCACCGUGUUUGAACGGAGGCCAAUGCCUCCACGUAUCAAGUCAGGAAUACACAUGUGACUGCAACCCAGACCGGGAUGUGACCGGAUACCACGGCCCGAAAUGUGAGAAAUUUGACCCGUGUUUACCCGAACCGUGCAACGAAUUAGGAGGAAUGUGCAGAAACAUUUCCGAGAUGGACUAUUUCUGUGAAUGCUUUCCGGGAUUUCAUGGAAAUUUCUGUUCCAGUUAUGACGUGUGCAUGACGUCACCAUGUUUGAAUGAUGGAAUCUGUGAAUCAUAUAACAAUGGAACCAACUUUACAUGCCAUUGUCCACCUAUUUACCAAGGAUCCCGCUGUGAAAGAUUACGUCAAUGUCUUGGUGAAGUGACCGUCGACAUUAAAGGCAUCAUCGGUUGGUCUGAUAUCGAUGUGGGAGCAAACACGAGCUCAUCGUGCGCGUCUGGCGGGAAUAAUGUGACGCGCAGAUGCUACUUCGAUGAAACCAAGAUGGCCACCAGGUGGACCUUCCCAGAUACAGAAAAAUGCGAGAAAGCUAACUUGACCAAUGCAGUGGCCGCUACAAUGACGUCAUACCUCCGGGACUCAACUGGAAGUAACCCUUCUGAGAUGGGAGACUCGGAGGUCUCGUCUGCUUCUGAACUUCUCGAUGCAGUUGUCGAGUUUUCCUACGAACAACAUGAAAUGGCAAGCAAUAUGAUGGAAUGUGUGAGUAACCUACUGGAAGUUCAAGAUGAUAUUUUAGAGGCGAGUGCACAUAAUUCUGGAGCUGAUACCAGGUUAUUGAACUUGCUGAAGAAUUACGCAUCUAACGUUGUCCUCGGAGAAGAUGAGUCCGAUGUGACCUUUGACACGAACAACCUGCGGUACAAAGUUCAAAAGGUCGACUCUAGUGUGUUCAGAGAAUUUGAGAGUACGACCUACACAGCUCACUUCGGCAACGGCACCGAUGAGUCGAGCGGCGUGUCCAUCUAUCUCCCUCACUCAAUCAUCACACAAGAUGCUUUCGCUGCUUCCCAUAGUCUACGUAUGCGUUUCACAGCUCUGAAGAACAGCAAAAUCUUCAUCAACAACGAUACUGAGCAACUCUCGGUAAUCGACAGAGACAGUCAGUUUAUCAUAUCGGCUGAACUGACAGGUUAUCGGGUCAGUGAUCUGGAUGUGCCCAUAGAAUACAGCGUGCCGACACCGAAGGAUGGGAACAAUUAUACCUGUGUUUACUGGAACGCUGCCGAGAAAGUUUGGUCACGUCACGGGCUAAAGGAUAUUUCAUCUGAAUCUAAUACGACUUAUUGCUCAUCUAAUCAUCUCACCUAUUUCGCCGUCAUCUUGGACACUGGGUAUUCUGAGGCGAUCCCUGAGGAGCACCAUCUCCCUCUUCAGAUCAUCUCUCAUCUAGGUACUGCGUGCUCCAUGUUUGGACUGGUCGCUACUAUCAUCACCUACUCCAUCUUCAGAAUCUUGCGGCGCACGUCCUCGGGUAAGAUCCUCAUCCAUCUCAGCACCUCCCUCCUCGCCCUCAACAUCACCUUUGUUAUUGACACCAUCUCCAAGGUAACAGACACCAGACUGGGCUGCAAGAUAACCGCCAUGUUACUGCAAUACUUCGUCUUAACCACGUUUCUAUGGAUGGGCAUGGAGGCAGUCAAUAUGUACCGUACCUUGGUUCAAGUUUUCCAGAAAAAAAGCGCCACACAUUUUGUCUUAAAGGGAGCGGUGAUAGCUUGGGGACUGCCGGUUGUACCUAUUGUCAUCACCGCAACGCUGGAUAUUGAUCUCUAUCGGAAGAUACCCCUCAAUGAGAUAUGUAUGCUCUCCACGUCAAAUUCUUUUGCGUACUACGGUGGCUACCUCGGUCCGUGCUGCGUGCUUCUCGUGGCAAACUUCAUAGUAUUUUCCAUGAUUCUCCGUACAGUGUGCGCAUCUAAGAAGGAUCUGCGUCAGCGCAGCAUUCGCGUCCGUCGCACACAGAUCGGCUGCGCGUUUAGCGUGACUUUCCUCUUGGGCAUCACCUGGGUUCUAGGUUUCUUCGCCAUCCAGGGCACAACCCUAGUAUUCACCUACCUGGUAUGCAUUAUCAAUCCGCUCCAGGGCUUCUUUAUAUUCCUGUUCCGUUGCGCCCUCUACCCUGAGGCCUUACGAUCUUGGACCAUCUGUUGCACGAAGCACACGACCAACGUGGAGAAGCAGCAGCGCAGUUCAUCUCAGGCCAUGGGUCGCGGGAACACCAUCAGCUCAGGGGGCAAGAUGGCAAAUGGCAAGAAGUACCGCAGAGACGCCGAGAAGCUGAUCAGCGGCAGAAGUGGCUCGACGUCGAGUUGCAAGAGGAAUUCGGAGUGCGCCAUCACGAAAGUAACGGAUAUGACGUCGGUCCAUUUCUUUGGCGGGUUGAAACAUGAGAGUGUUGUUAAUGUCAACUCGAACAAUAGCAACCGACGUACUGACAUACGAUUCAUCAACAUCAAGGUCAAUGAUAGCAAAAGUGAGAUCAGAACCUGCUAGGUUUGUAUUUCAUCAACAAGCAAUGGAAAUGCUUUAAAUCUUGAUCAAAUUGAUCGAAAGUCAAAUAAAUGAAAGCAAAGUUACAAUCGCUUUUAUGCAGAGUUGCGAUUGAUAUCAAUGUCAAGUAAAGUUUCCAUUGGUUCGAAACACGAGCAACUGUUGUAAUACGGGGCCCUGAAUGGCAGCAUAAUAUUAUUUUUUAUGUUUUCGUUAUCAUUUCAUGAGAUUAUGAGAUCAAUAUGGAUGUCCCGUUUCAUAUGGGAAAAGCAGUCAUUUUAGGGAAGGGAAGAUACGUAGUCUUAAACAACAAAAGAGCCGUUAAUAUGUGGCAAAUUCAAAGAAGAUACUACUUUUUGUCAUCAGGUAAUUCUGUGCUCUCAAAAAGUUCCAGAAACAUGUUCCCAUGCAUGCAAUCUGAAAAAUUCGAGGAUUCGCUUCUACUAGCGUUUUCAUAAAUAUCAGAGGGAAAUACCUAUUGUAAAAAUGCAGAUACUCUAGUGAGGUCUAUACUUCAAUGGAGUUAUUCGAAGGUUGUUGUCCAGAUAAACAUAUAAUGUUUCAAGAGUGCAGUCGUAUUCAUUAUCUGAAAAAGACACAUCUAAAUGAAAAAAAGAAAAAAUUCCCGACCAAACGUCAUUUCGCGAGCGUGUAACGCUAUUCAUCUUUUAAUGAGGCCAUUGGUAUAUUCACGUUCAAUGAGAAAUAUUGUGUUGAUUAAAAUACUUUCCGUCAUGAUAUGGAAAGCGUAUAUUCUGACAAAGCACCUGCUAAUUGAAUGUCUAUUGCACACAGGACGUCAUGAUUGCCUUAUUACUUGUGCAAAUCAAGCCCAUGAAUGAAAAUUUAGCCCCAAAUGCGAAUAAAGCCCGUCGCACGCUAUUCGGCUUACUUCGAAUCAUCGGAUCAUCGCGUUCGGUCGGGUGGUCGAGUUACACGACCUUUCGUGAAAUGAAAGCGGAAAUGACGCGAACCUUCGUAGACUUGCUGUAGGGUGUUCACAUAGUGUCGGACCAGACUAUAGAUUGAACCAGACCAUUUGUAGACAUUUUGAGAAUAAAGGGACAAGUUUUCACAAAAGGUCGAGUAACGCGACCACGUAUUACCUGUCGCGAUGAUUCGAACUUCGAAAUAAUUAAGCCCGUUAUUCAAUCCUUCUGGAAAAAGAUAUAAGAUCGUAAAAUAUGCGGUGUGCUGAUUGCAACUCAAUGUUUGCUCUGCUCAUUAAGCAAUCAUUGUAAUGUACCAUCUCACUCUCACAUGAAGAGUCAGAUUCUGCCUACACCGUACUACGUGAGCCAAAAUAAUGACGCGUUGUGCGCAAGAGAAUGAAAUUAAUGAUUGCACUGAAUGUAAUUAUAUUUGCCUUACAAAUGAAUACGGUUUGUGCUGCAUGCAAAAAUGUAAAAGCGACGUAAAAAGAUUUUUCGCAUUUUAUAAGUCGAUAUAACGAAGAAAUUGUAUGUGUCGUUUAUGUAUAUACAGUAAUUAUCGUAAUGUAGAUUUUGACAACAUUAACAAUAUUUUAAGAGAUUACAAGAGUUGAAAUAGCAGGGAUCCCAUGGCCAUGGAAAAACAUAGAAAGUCAUAGAAAAUAGAUUCUUCUGGAAAGCAAUAAAAAAUUAUGAGGAGAGGCGGAGGCCAUCAUAAACAUGUAAUAUUAUACUGUGUGGUAUUAGUACGUCGCUUGAAUGCCGCAACCCAUACCAGAAUGGUACUUAUCUUUUCAUGGCCACAGGCAAUACAAGGGUUAUGGAAAGUCAUGGAAUUGGAUCUCAUAUUUCUAUGGGAACCUUGAAUAGGUAUGUUUGAGAAUACAACAAAAGGGAAGCAUUUUUGUGACGUCCGCUUAUUUCUACCCUUUUCUGAACAUUUCACUAUUACACGUCUUAGCAAACGGUAUGUAUGAAUAGAUCUAUUUAAUAUAAAAAGAAAUAUGAGAUAAGGUCAUUCAUUCAUAGCUGGCUAUUGUGAAUAAAGACCUAUGUAUAUUUAUUGUCCUGAUAUAAGUUGUAUAGAUAUAUUGUAUGUU